AUGACUGGCUUCAAGAAAUUGGAGGACAAACUCAAGCAGUUGAAGCGCGACCUUCCUGAUCACCUCCAGCUAACCUCGGACAACAACGACGACCGUAGCUACAACUCGCCCGGCAAAUACGUUGCGAUACAUGCAAUGUACACAUUGUGUUUUGUGUGGUUGUACAGAGAGUACAUGCCCACAUCACCAUGGACGUUGACGUACCCCCGCGGCCCGUUGGACGAGCCACUAAUUGAUGAGAAACCCCCUGACCCUGACUACUGGAUCAAGCAAGCCAAAGACUCCAUCUACUGCCAUUACUUUCCUCACAUGGACCCGGACGACGCCCUCUCAUCUCGUAAAGACCCUAGAGCCCAUGAUAUCGCAAACGGCUUCCUACUACGCAUCCUGAGUCGCUUCAAGAUGGCCCGCUCGUGGCUCAGUCAACUAGCAGAAUGGCAAAGAUAUUACCGCCGCGAGAAGAAGAAGUACCGAGAACUGAGCGGCCAGAUCGACGAUUCUCCAAAGAGCAACUCCAGCGAUGGCGUCGCUAGCGGUGGGCUGAAAGACUAUGCACAGCUCUUCGAAAGAACGCAUAAGCAGUUUGGUGACAUUGCUAACGCUAACGACAACGACGGACAAUGGCCCGACAGGGAUAAGGACCUCGCGGAUACGAGACUGACGCAUGACGAAGACUCCGCAGAGCGCACCUUGCCUACCAGCGCCGCUUCGGUCAAGCAUGAAUUGCAAAGUGCAUCAGAAGAAAAGUCCAGUAACCAAUCCGGCUUCACUGCUGUCAACCACAAUGGUCAACAAACUCCUCCUGCUCCGCCGCCAGUCACCCAACCAUCAACCUACGCGCACGGGGGCCGUACGCCUUCUUAUGAUCAAACCUCUCACAUGCGCCCCGGAGUACAGACUUCACCACAACACCCCUACCAACCAUAUCCAUACGCCAAUUCUCAGCAGCAGCCCCUGAGAAGUCCCUUCCAGCAGUCUGACCCCCACCAAUCCCCUGUGCCAGCCCCCGCAUCUGUCCCAAUACACGGUGUCUAUCAAGCAUGGCCACAAGCACGACCUCAGGAGCUACAGGAGCAAAAGGUCAACAUGGAGAUUUGCGGCGCUGCUACUUUCCCCAACGGCUGGGCUGGCGAUGUCAUGAUUGGUGAUGGUGCUCAGGACUUCAACAAUUGGGGGCAAUAUGGCUUUCCGACUAUCCCGGAUAACUCGGGGUAUUAUCAGUCUGGGUAUCCGUAUCCGCCGCAGUAG